AUGGCUACCAAAACAGGAUCUGUCGGUAGUGGAUAGGUGAUUGUUGUUGUUUUUUUCAUUCACUCAUUCUACACAUUCGCAAAGGAAAAGUAAUCAAUCAUAGUUAAUAUCAAUCUUGUCGUCGACAUGACGGGAAAUUAUUAUUUUGCCGUUGUCGGCCACCAUGACAACCCAGUCUUUGAAAUGGAGCAUUCUUCACUUGCCAAAGGAGCUGAUGUAAAGAAAGACGAUCAUAGGCAUUUGAAUCAAUUCAUCGCUCAUGCUGCUCUGGAUUUAGUAGAUGAACAUAUGUGGACCACAUCAAACAUGUAUCUGAAAAUUGUGGAUAAAUUCAAUGAAUGGUUCGUUUCAGCUUUCGUUACCGCUGGUCGUAUGAGGUUUAUGAUGCUACAUGACGUUAAAAAUGAAGAUGGUAUUAAAAAUUUCUUUCAAGAGAUAUACGAGAUUUAUGUUAAGCAUUCAAUGAAUCCAUUUUAUGAACCAAACACGCCGGUAAAAUCAGCGUCUUUUGAAAGGAAAGCACAGUUUUAUGCACGGAAGUUUCUGACAAGUUAGAUCGCAGUUGAGUGUACAUCGUGGUUAGUUACUUUAACCUCUGCCAAUAUGUUAAUGAGGAUGACAAGUUCUGGCAAUGUGGUUACAAGGAUGACAAGUUCUGGCAAUGUUGUCAUGACAUUGACAAUUGGAAUAAACUAUUUAACUUAUGGUAGUAUUUGUAGUGGCUCAGCAGGAGUAUGUAUUUGUCAUGUGACUAGUCAUGUGAUGGGCCACAGAACACGGUUGGGAUAACAAUGUAUUGGAAAUUGUUGUCAUAAUAGUAUUUUAUCGUAUUAAUAUAAUU